ACAAAACGACAGAGGGGAAGCUGACAAACACAAGCAGGCCCUAAUUAAAUCCAUACAGCAGGAAAAAAAAGGGAUCUGUCCAUUGAACAAAAAGAGGAGGUGGGUGCCCGGGCUGUAUCAUAUGCCGUCCCUCCUCUUUCUGUAGGGAACUCCCUGCCGUUACUUUUAGGAGGGGCUUUUUUUGCUCAAUUGGAAUAGUUCUCAGCUUGUGAAAGUCCGCUUGGCUCUCUACUAGAUCUCCAGCUGCCUCUCCCACACGCACCCAAAGUAGCCUGAAGUCAUGCAGCAGCCACAAGGCUCCCGUGUCCGUAGACUAGUGGCCUUCUUCUUCCCUGUGCUGUGCGCCCUGCUCACCUUCAGCUCAGUCCGUGGAUUUAACUUGGCAGUGGAGCAGCCGGCAGUUUACACUGGGGCAGGAGGCAGUUUCUUUGGUUUCUCUGUGGACUUCUACCUCCCAGAUGCGCAGAGCAUCAGUAUCCUGGUGGGGGCCCCCAAGGCAAAUACCAGCCAGCCAGGAGUGUCUGAAGGGGGAGCUGCCUUUUAUUGCCCGUGGCAAAGAAAUGGCACCAACUGCACAGAAAUCAACUUUGACUCAGAAGGUGACCGGAAGAGAGUACUGGGCAAUUCUACCCAACCCGAACACAUGGAAUCCAAGUCUGGGCAAUGGUUUGGCGCCACUGUCCGGGCACAUGGGAAAACAAUACUGGCUUGUGCUCCACAAUACAGCUGGAGAACCAAAAAAGAAGAAAAGCACAGUGACGCUGUGGGCACCUGUUAUUUAUCUGUCAAUAACUUCACCACAUUUAUAGAGUAUUCUCCCUGCCGCACAGAUUUCAGUGAUACUGCCGGACAAGGGUACUGCCAAGGAGGUUUCAGUGCUGAGUUUACAAAGAGUGGAAGAGUUUUACUGGGAGGACCAGGCAGCUACUUCUGGCAAGGUCAGGUGAUCACUGCAACACAGGAUGAGAUCCAGGAGGCUUAUUAUCCAGAAUAUUUUGUGCUGGAGUACAAGAAACAAAUGAAGACACGGCAGGCUGCUUCAUCAUAUGAUGACAGUUACUUUGGUUAUUCGGUAGCAGUUGGUGAAUUCAGUGGAGAUGACACUGAAGAUUUCAUUGCGGGUGUUCCCAAGGGAAACCUAACUUAUGGCUAUGUGACUAUACUGAAUGGAACAGACUUGAGAUCUUUGUAUAACUUUUCAGGUGAACAGAUGGCCUCCUAUUUUGGAUAUUCUGUGUCGGCUACUGACCUCAAUAGUGAUGGACUAGAUGACCUGUUAAUCGGAGCACCACUCUUUAUGGAUAGGACCCAUGAUGGCAGGGUGCAGGAAGUUGGACGUGUUUAUAUUUACCUGCAGGGGGACCUUAUGAAAGGCACACCCCAAGUAAUCCUUACUGGAAUGGAAGAAUAUGGCCGCUUUGGUAGUUCCAUUGCAUCCCUAGGAGAUUUGGAUCAGGAUGGGUUUAAUGAUAUUGCCAUUGGUGCUCCUUUUGGAGGAGAAGCCCAAAGGGGAGAAGUUUUCAUUUUUAAUGGCCAGCCAGGUGGUGUUGAUUCCAAGCCAUCACAGGUGCUGCAAGGACAAUGGGGCUCCUCUCAACAGCCUUCAUUCUUUGGUUUGUCCACCAGGGGAGGGCAAGAUCUUGAUGGAAAUGGCUAUCCAGAUCUGAUUGUAGGUGCAUUUGGUGUGGAUAAGACUUUGGUUUACAGGGGGCGUCCAAUUAUUCAUGCCAGUGCCUCUCUCUCCAUCUCCCCUAACAUGUUUAACCCAGAGGAGAAGACCUGUACAAUUGAAGGAAAUGCCAGUGCAGUAUCCUGCAUAAACCUUAGUUUCUGCUUGAAUGCUUCAGGGAAGCACGUGCCUAACUCUAUUGGGAUUAAAGUUGAGCUACAGCUGGACCAGAUGAAGCAGAAGGGAGCGGUGAAGCGAGCGCUGUUCCUGAAAUCCCGCCAGCCCCAACUGACCCAAACUAUUCAUUUACUGAAUGGAAGCAAAGAGGAAUGUCGUGCCAUGAAGAUCUACCUCAGGGAGGAGUCAGAGUUCCGGGACAAGCUCUCUCCAAUUUACAUUGGUCUAAAUUUUUCUCUGGACCCACUGGCACCAGCUGAUGCCCAUGGUCUCAUGCCCAUCUUCAAUUACAAGACCAAGAACUAUAUUGAGCAGAAGGCUCAGAUCCAGCUGGACUGUGGGGAAGAUAACAUCUGUGUGCCAGAUCUGAAGCUCAAUGUCUCAGGUGACCGGAAAUCUGUAUAUCUUGGGGACGAAAACUUCUUGACAUUGUUCUUCAGUGCUCAGAACCUGGGGGGAGGAGCCUACGAGGCGGAACUUUAUGUCACAUUGCCCCCAGAGGCAGAGUACAGUGGCAUAGUGAGGAACAAUGAGAAUCUCUUGAUUUUACCUUGUGCUUAUGAGAUGGAGAAUCAGACCCGGCUGGUCAUCUGUGACCUUGGAAACCCAAUGAAGACAGGGGCCAGUCUUGCCGGGGGUCUAAGAUUCACAGUGCCACAUCUGCGGGAUUCCAGCCAUAAGGUGCAGUUUGACUUUCAAAUCCGCAGCAAAAAUCAAAAUAAUUCCCAAAGUGAGACGGUGCACUUGGCGUUGAAUGUUGAAGCCCAAAGUACAGUGUCGUUUUUUGGCGCCUCAAAGCCAGACAGUGUAAUCUUCCCUGUUGCAAACUGGAAACCAGGCAGGAAUCCCAUGACGGGGCAAGAGGCAGGUCCGGAGGUCAAACAUGUGUAUGAGCUGGUCAACUUCGGGCCAAGUUCCAUCAGUCAAGGAAUCCUGGAACUGAGAUGCCCAAUGAGAGUCAACAAGGAAUAUGCUAUGUACAUGAUGUCUUAUUCUGUGCAAGGUUUGACCAACUGCACCUCCAAUCACCCAGCUAAUGCCCUGCAUCUACAGCAUUCACCCACAGACCAGCCACCUACGCUGAAUCCCAAAACUGUCCAUCACGUGGAAAGACGAGACACUGCCCGACUUAUCUCAGGAGCAUCUAAUGUUUUGAAAUGCAAUGAACCCCAUGUGGACUGCUUCCAUCUACACUGUAAUGUUGGGUCACUAGAGAAACAACAGCGAGCCAUCCUGAGGGUAAAUUUCCUCAUCUGGGCCAACACCUUCAUGCAGAAGGAAAACCAGGGAUUCACUCUUCAGUGUGAAGCACUCUAUCAUAUACAGAAGCUGCCGUACAAAAUUCUUCCUCACGUGUAUCCUAAAGGGACACAUCAGGUGGAUACUGCAGUUCAUUGGGCCAAACCUGAAAGUAGCUAUGGAGUCCCACUAUGGAUCAUUAUAUUGGCUAUUCUAAUUGGACUUCUUCUGCUUGCGUUGCUUAUAUAUGUCCUGUAUAAGCUCGGCUUCUUUAAACGCUCGUUGCCAUAUGGAACUGCCAUGGAAAAAGCUGAGCUCAAGCCCCAGGCUGCAUCAGAGGCUUAAUCUGUUCCUUCAUCCACAUCCCUUGCACUGCCAAAGAAUCCUCAAAGGGGAAGAUGAAAGAACAGCUAAGGGCCAGCUUUAAAGUUCAUACUACAUUGACCCAACAUUUGGGAGGGAGGGAAAUAAGGACACAUGGACAUUCCCCAAGAGACCUGACCGAAUUGAUAACAGUGACAAUAUAGUGGUUGACUCUUUCUGGCUUUCACUGAUGAAGAGUUUAUUGAGGGGAAAACAAGAGGACAAUUAAUAUAUUUAAGAAUUCAGAACUGUUCCUCAGGUCGCAGGGUGGUAGAAAAUAUUUCCAAUAGCAAAGGAGUAGAAAGCAUUAACAUGGAGUGUUGUUUCCACUU